AACGUGGAACUCUUAGAUCAAAUCGAAAAAUUUCUAAUUUUCUGUUACGUGGGUAUUAUUAUUUCCACGAUAGGUAGAUCAAAUAUACACCAUAGCUGAACAGAAAAGGCGAUGAUAAUAUAAUUAGCUUGUUUUUGCAAUCGACGAGACAAAACCUGCAAGAUGUUCGUGUACGAGUUUAUGGCCGGUAUUGUCGACCAAAUCACUGGAGCCGAAAGUGAAGACGAAUCUUUCGACCCUCACGAACACCGCGUAGUGGAGAAACCUACUUCAUAUGCGGACACGAUGAUUCACUUGCUGAAGGGCAGCAUUGGCGCGGGUGUGCUAGCGAUGUCGGACGCGGUAGCACGCGUGGGUAUCAUAAUCGCCGUCAUCGGAGUCGCGCUCAUCGGCAGCUUUGCCACUUAUUGCAUACAUAUCCUCAUUGCAGCACAAUACGAGUUGUGCAAACGACAUCGACGUGGCUAUAUACAGUAUUCCGAGUCGAUGAUGCUGGCGCUCCGGGGCGGGCCGCCAUGCUUGCGCUUCUCUGCAAAAGUGUACUACUAUUUUGUUGACACGACCCUUGUACUGUGGCAACUUGGCGCCUGCACCAUCUACUGUGUAUUUGUUGCCGAGAACAUCAAACAGGUUUGCGAUUACUACGGUAAAGAGCUAUCAUUGCGGUUGCACAUCUGCUACCUACUACUGCCGCUUACGCUGAUGAGCCUCGUCAAAGACCUGAAACUCUUGACGCCGUUCUCGUCCAUUUCGAACAUUCUCACUCUGCUCGGAUUCAUCCUUGUCUUUUUCUAUUUGAUUGAAGACGACGUGACGUUAGAAGAAGAGAAAUUAGAACUGAAAGGCUUCAUGGAAAUUCCGUUUUUUGUAGGUACCACACUAUUCGCACUGGAAGCAGUGGGAGUGAUGUUGGCCUUAGAGUACAAUAUGGAGAAGCCCAAGCGAUUUGUUGGCCUUCUCGGCUUAUUUAACAUUGGUAUGGUAAUCAUCAUGUUGCUGUACAUAUUAAUGGGAGUUUUCGGUUAUCUCAAGUAUGGCGACGACAUCAAAGCCUCGCUUACGCUGAACCUUCCCCACGAUCAAAAGAUUGAUUUCUUGCAGAAAGGCGCAGGCUGCAAAAGUCAUAAUCGCAUUCGCAAUCCUUUUAACGUUUCCGCUACAGAAUUUUGUUGCAUACAACAUGAUAUGGCAAAAAAUGAAAAAGUCUUUGGGCGAAGGCAAGAAGGCCCAUUUAGUCGACUACGUGCUGCGAAUCUUCUUAGUCAUACUGCCGUGGGUUCUCGCGAUAGCAGUGCCGAAGCUCGGGCCAUUCAUCUCUCUCUUCGGCGCCUUGUGCCUCUCGCUGCUGGCUAUAGUGUUCCCUGGCAUCAUGGACGCAUGUGUGUGGUACCCCAACAAAUACGGCAUCUGCCGCUAUCGACUACUGCGGGAUGUGCUCAUCGUCAUAGUAGGCAUGGCCUGCCUUCUUUCCGGCUGUUACACGAGUCUUCUAGAAAUUGCUGCAGCAACUUAACUAUCAAUAUUUUACCAUAGGUAUACCUAGACUAGGUGCUCGUAAUCUUAUCAUUGUUAUUGAUUUAAUAUUGUAUAUUUAACAAACACUAACUGUCAGUGAAUUGAUUACUUAAUAAAAAUAUUUUUUAACUAUGUA